UGUUAGGUACCUAGUUUAUGUAUCUGACUUUGCUUUCUCGUUCUAAAGCACAAUAAGUAGAGCACCCUUCACCUCAGCUUUCAAUUCCUUCAAGUUUUUGACAACCCUCCAUACUUCUCAUUUCCCUACAGUACCCCCUCAGCAACCAACAAGAUGGCUUCACCUGCUACUGCCAUCAACGAAGCGGACUUGGAGAAAUUCCCAGUUUGCAAGAUCGCUGUCUCAGUUCAACUCCAGCCUCCCGACAACCUUUGCAUCGUCGUUCAGUUUUCGGAUAUGCCGUAUGCCGGUCUCUAUGCAACCUUCUUACAGAGGGCCAGACCCCCGUUUGAGUACACUGCGACCCCAGGGACCGACGACACUGUCACCUUAACGCUCCCAAAUUUGGGAUCUCCAUUUCCUCUGAUGAUUGAUAGCAAAGGCGAGUGUCUCUUCGAGAGCGAAAACGUUGCCAAAACCUGGGAGGAGCAGACUGGCCUGUGGCGUAGAACGCCCGGGCAAGGUCGUAUGUCGCGAGCGUGUGCGGAUUAUAUGUUUGCGCGGGACCUCAUGAAGGCUCUGAGACUUGAUAUGGGAGACAUGCGGGACGCUUGGGAGGGAACGCCAACCGCCAAACCUCGCCGCGGGAUUUGGGAAUAUAUGUAUGCAAGGCAUCAACGAAAGGUUCUGGAAAAAGGGGUCAAGACCAGAGGCCGUUAGAGUCCGAGCUUUGAGCGCGUUAUUGUAGGCAUAACACGGGCUGGGAUCUUCUUCAUUCAAUCUACCCACCUUUCAAUACAUUCGCAUCUUCUCUAGG